AUGGUGAAGAAAGAGGCCAAUCAUGGAAGGCCAAAGAAAGCCCAAAGGGGGCUGAAGUAUGUAGACAUCCUCCUCGGCGGGAAGCCGACUCAAGCCCUUGUUGAUACAGGGGCCUCCCACAACUUCAUUUCAGUUGCCGAGGCUAAGCGACUCAAUCUGAACACUGUGAAAGAGACAUGGUGGAUCAAGGCCGUAAACUCCGGGGCAAAGGCGAUUGAAGGCAUAGCUCGUGGGGUUGACCUCCAAGUUGGGUCGUGUACAAGUAAGAUUAAUCUUUCAGUGGUACCCCUGGAUGACUUCCGAGUUGUCUUGGGAAUGGACUUCAUGAGACAAGCAGAAGCAGCACUCCUGCUUCACUUCAACUCUCUGUGCAUCUUGGACGAGCGCUCCCCUUGCAUGGUACCAGUUACGACUUCUACUARGGUUCAUGGGAAGCAAGUUUCUACACUACAACUUUUUCACGAAGAAGCCUUGUUCAACGCCAACAUGAAGGAAGCAGAGAAGUUCCCCACUCCACUAGCUGAAGAAGUCGCCGCCCCUCAAGCCAACAACUACAACAGCAGCAGGCCAUCCAGCCGUCUACACCUCUCCGGCAAUAGAGUUCGUGCGCGUCGACAACCAUCAAGCAAAGCAGAAGACCCAAGGCCGUGUCCAAGUUCGCCCCCACCUACUACCACAACCACAAGGGAAAGCGAGUGCCACCCAAGCCGCCUAGGGACCACUUUCGCACCAUCCCUCAGACUGAAUCACGUAGUAGCCUUGUGA